AUGCAGUGUGUUCGGCUGGGCCCAUCAUGUGCGGCCGAGAUGCAGUGCGUUCGGCCGGGCCCACAAAGUGCAGACGAGAGGCAGUGCGUUCGGCCAUGCCCACCAAGUGCAGACGAGAGGCAGUGCGUUUGGACAGGCCCAUCAAGUGCUGACGAGAGGCAGUGCGUUCACAAAGGCCCAUCAAGUGAAGACGAGAGGCAGUGCAUUCACCAAGGCCCAUCAAGUGCAGACGAGAGGCAGUGCGAUCGGCCAGGCCUACCAAGUGCAGACGAGAGACAGUGCGUUCGGCCGGGCACACCAAGUGCAGACGAGAGGCAGUGCGUUCGGCCGGGCCCAAUAAGUGCAGACGAGAGGCAGUGCAUUAGGCCAGGCCCACCAAGUGCAGACGGGAGGCAGUGCGUUCGUCCAUUCCCACCAAGUGCAGACGGGAGGCAGUGCGUUCGUCCAUUCCCAGCAAGUGCAGACGUGAGGCAGUGCGUUCGGCCAGGCCCACCAAGUGCAGACGAGAAGCAGUGCGUUCGGCCAGGCACACCAAGUGCAGAUGAGAAGCAGUGCGUUCGGCCAGGCCCACCAAGUGCAGACGAGAGUCAGUGCGUUCGUCCAGGCCCACCAAGUGCAGACGUGAGGCAGUGCGUUUGGCCAUGCCCACCAAGUGCAGUCGAGAGGCAGUGCGUUCGGCCAGGCCCACCAAGUGCAGUCGGGAGGCAGUGCGUUCGGCCAGGCCCACCAAGUGCAGACGAGAGGCAGUGCGUUUGGACAGGCCCAUCAAGUGCUGACGAGAGGCAGUGCUUUCGACCAGGUCCACCAAGUGCAGACGAGAUGCAGUGCGUUCGGCCAGGCACACCAAGUGCAGACGAGAAGCAGUGCGUUCGGCCAGGCCCACCAAGUGCAGACGAGAGUCAGUGCGUUCGUCCAGGCCCACCAAGUGCAGACGUGAGGCAGUGCGUUUGGCAUGCCCACCAAGUGCAGUCGGGAGGCAGUGCGCUCGGCCAGGCCCACCAAGUGCAGUCGGGAGGCAGUGCGUUCGGCCAGUCCCACCAAGUGCAGACGAGAGGCAGUGCGUUUGGACAGGCCCAUCAAGUGCUGACGAGAGGCAGUACGUUCGACCAGGCCCAUCGAGUGCAGAAUAGAGGCAGUGCAUUCGACCAGGCCCAUCGAGGGCAGACGAGAGGCAGUGCGUUCGGCCAUUCCCAUCGAGUGCAGACGAGAGGCAGUGCGUUCGGCCAGGCCCAUCGAGUGCAGACGAGAGGCAGUGCGUUCGGCCAGGCACAUCAAGUGCAGUGUUGGGCAGUGCGUUCGGUCGGGCACAUCAGGUAUUGUCGUGAGGCAGUGCUGUCGGCAAAGCCCAUCAGGUGCAUUCGUGAGUUAGUGUGUUUGGCCAAGCCCAUCAGGUGCAGACGAGACGCAGCGCAUUCAGCAAGGCCCAUCAGGUGCAGACGAGAGUGA